GGACAAAACAACUAGAUUAUAUUAAUGACACAGGAUGGAAACUUCAUUUGAAGAGUACCAGCCAUUUAUUUUGUAGAAUGGCCCUGAUGUUCUUCUCAUGAUUAGACGGCCUUACAGAUUUUGGAGAAGAAGACCACAGAACUCAAGUGCUGUUUCCAUCACAUCAUAUCAAAGGAAAAAUAGAAAUGAAGGUACAUAUGCACACAAAAUUUUGCCUCAUUUGUUUGCUGACAUUUAUUUUCCAUCAUUGCAACCACUGCCAUGAAGAACAUGACCAUGGCCCUGAAGAGCUUCACAGACACCAUCAUGGAAUGACAGAAUUGGAGCCAAGCAAGCUUUCAGUGCCGAAUGCUGAAAAUGAAAAAAAGUACUAUAUUGAAAAACUUUUUGAUCGUUAUGGUGAAAAUGGAAGAUUAUCCUUUUUUGGUUUGGAGAAACUUUUAACUAACUUGGGCCUUGGAGAGAUAAGAGUAGUUGAGAUUAAUCAUGAGGAUCUUGGCCACGAUCAUGUUUCUCACUUAGAUAUUUUGGCAGUUCAAGAGGGAAAACAUUUUCACUCACAUAACCACCAGCAUUCCCAUAAUCAUUUAAAUUCAGAAAAUCAAACUGUGACCAGUGUAUCAACAAAAAGAAAUCAUAAAUGUGAUCCAGAGAAAGAUACAAUUGAAGUGUCUGUAAAAUCUGAUGAUAAACAUACGCAUGACCGUAAUCAUCACUUACGUCAUCACCAUCAUUUGCAUCAUCGCCUUGAUCAUAACACUACUCGCCAUUUUCAUAAUGAUUCCAUUACUCCCAGUGAGCGUGGGGAGCCUAGCCAUGAACCUUCAACAGAGACCAAUAAAACACAGGAACAAUCUGAUGUUAAGCUACCAAAGGGAAAGAAGAAGAAAAAAGGGAAAAAAAGUAAUGAAAAUUCUGAGGUUAUUACACCAGGUUUUCCCCCUAACCAUGAUCGGGGUGAACAGUAUGAACAUAAUCGGGUCCAUAAACCUGAUCGUGUACAUAAUCCAGGUCAUUCUCAUGGACAUCUUCCAGAACAUAAUGGUCAUGAUCCUGGUCAUGGACACCAAGAUCUUGAUCCUGAUAAUGAAGGUGAACUUCGACAUACUAGAAAGCGAGAAGCACCACAUGUUAAAAAAAGUGCAAUUUAUUCAGCUGCUAGUCACAAAGAUCAUAAUGAAAAUGACCGUCAACAUGAAUGUUUGAACGUCACUCAGUUGUUAAAAUACUAUGGUCAUGGUGCCAACUCUUCCAUUUCACAUGAACUAUUUACAGACCUGUGCCCUGCAUUGUUGUAUCAAAUUGAUAGCAGACUUUGUAUUGAACAUUUUGACAAACUUUUAGUUGAAGAUUUAAAUAAAGAUAAAAAUCUGGUUCCUGAAGAUAAGGCAAAUAUAGGAGCAUCAGCAUGGAUUUGUGGUAUCAUUUCUAUCACUGUCAUUAGCCUGCUUUCCUUGCUAGGCGUGAUCUUGGUUCCCAUCAUUAACCAAGGAUGCUUCAAAUUUCUUCUCACAUUCCUUGUUGCACUAGCUGUAGGAACAAUGAGUGGAGAUGCCCUUCUUCAUCUACUACCCCAUUCUCAGGGUGGUCAUGAUCAUAGUCAUCAACAUGCACAUGGGCAUGGACAUUCUCAUGGACAUGAAUCUAAGAAGUUUUUGGAAGAAUAUGAUGCUGUAUUGAAAGGACUAGUUGCUCUAGGAGGCAUUUACUUGCUAUUUAUCAUCGAACACUGCAUAAGAAUGUUUAAGCACUACAAACAACAAAGAGGAAAACAAAAAUGGUUUAUGAAGCAGAGCACAGAAGAAUCAACUAUUGGAAGAAAGCUUUCAGAUCAUAAGUUAAAUAAUACACCAGAUGCUGACUGGCUUCAACUCAAGCCUCUUGCUGGAACUGAUGACUCGGUUGUUUCUGAAGAUCGACUUAAUGAAACUGAACUGACAGAUUUAGAAGGCCAACAAGAAUCCCCUCCUAAAAAUUACCUUUGUAUAGAAGAGGAGAAGAUCAUGGACCAUUCUCACAGUGAUGGAUUACAUGCCAUUCAUGAGCAUGAUCUCCAUGCUACUGCACAUAACCACCAUGAUGAGAAUAAAACUGUGCUGAGGAAACAUAAUCAUCAGUGGCACCACAAACAUUCUCAUCAUUCACAUGGUCCCUGUCAUUCUGGAUCAGAUCUGAAAGAAACAGGAAUAGCUAAUAUUGCUUGGAUGGUAAUCAUGGGGGAUGGCAUCCACAACUUCAGUGACGGGCUAGCAAUUGGAGCAGCUUUCAGUGCUGGAUUGACUGGAGGAAUCAGUACUUCUAUAGCUGUCUUCUGUCAUGAACUGCCACAUGAAUUAGGUGAUUUUGCAGUUCUCCUUAAAGCAGGCAUGACUGUAAAGCAAGCAAUUGUAUACAACCUCCUCUCUGCCAUGAUGGCUUACAUAGGCAUGCUCAUAGGCACAGCUGUUGGUCAGUAUGCCAAUAACAUCACACUUUGGAUAUUUGCAAUCACUGCAGGCAUGUUCCUCUAUGUAGCCUUGGUGGAUAUGCUUCCAGAAAUGUUGCAUGGUGAUGGUGACAAUGAAGAACAUGGCUUUUGUCCAGUGGGGCAAUUUGUUCUUCAGAAUUUAGGAUUGCUGUUUGGAUUUGCCAUCAUGCUGGUGAUUGCCCUCUAUGAAGACAAAAUUGUGUUUGACAUCCAGUUUUGACCAUUCCCGCAAUUUAUUGAACCGUCCCAUCUCUUGGACAAGUACAGUGUUCAUGCUCUGAGUGUAAGUUGUUGGGUAUCUCCUCAUUGCAGCCUCAAUGUCAAAGUUGUUUGGAAGUUUACCCAAGAUGUCACCAGCGACCUCAUCUGCUACUUCAUCUGAUGAUUUUGCAUCAGCACCUGCUGAACGAGACUAAAGAAUCCAAAGUAUAACUCAAAAAACCUCAUAAAGGUCUAAGAACAGCUGAAUAAAAAAAAAUCCUAAGGUAAAUCUUUGUAAGAAUGAACACUGCUCUUUUAUCCGUGAUUCUUCUCCAUACAGAAUGUAUUAAUGUGAUGAAAACAGGCAUAGGGAUGGAUUUUCAAGAGGAAAUGAUUGUUAGAGAAGAGGAAAAGGGACAUGUUCAGAGGCA